CGCGCAGACAGCCUAGUUGCUAUGGCAGCGGGGGCCUUCCAUGAGGAGGCCGUGCAAUAUGGCGGCGCCCAUGGCGAGCGCGGGGCCGGGGCCGCAGGCGGCACCGGGCAGGCGGAGCUGGGAUCGCCCGGGAAUGGCGGCCGGGCCGGGCCGGGCCAGGGCUGCCAGGGCCCGGAGCAGGACACCAGAUCCCAUCGAGGACAUGCUCGGGGAGCUCCUGGGAUCCGAUGAGGAGGCCCCGGCUCCGCCCUCCCGAGGUUCCUGCACCCCCUUCCUGCAGGAGCUGGAUCACCAGGAUCCCAUAGAUCACCUGGAUGAGCUGGACGAGCUGGAUGCAGAAAUCCUGGGAAUGGCCAAAGCCGGGUCCAGGCCGGGGAAACACGGGAAGGGGCCGGGUCCCCAAAAAGCCCCGGCCCCACCCCGUCCCGAUGUCACCUUUGGGGACGACGUCGAUGACCUGAUGGAUUCCCUGGGACUCGGCAGCGGCGCCGACGGAGCCGGGAGCGCGCCGGGAACGCCGGGGGGCCAGGGGCUCCGGAAGGGCCACGCCGGGAUCCAGGAGCAGCCAGGAAAGGCGGAAUUCCAGCCGGACCCCAAGGGGCAGGAGCAGCCAGGGCCAGGCGGGGACCGGAUCCAGCCAGGUUUUCCCUUCGGAUCCUACGAGCCCUCGGUGGCCUCGGGGACAGCGCGGAGACGGGGACGGAGGUGUCCGGCUGGGAGCAGUUCCCGACGUCCCUCCGGGGCCGCCUGGCUGGGGCUGAAGGACGAGGAUUUCCUGGAAUUAGGGGACGAGGAUUUCCCGGGAUUGGGACAGAAGGAUGAGGAUUUCCUGGGAUUGGGAUCAAAGAACAAGGAUCCUCUGGGACAGAAGAACAAGGAUCCCCCAGGACUGGGAUUGAAGGACGAGGAUCCCGCAGGAUUGGGAUUGAAGGAUGAGGAUUUCCCGGGAUUGGGACAGGAGGACAAGGAUCCCCUCGGACUGGGACCAAAGGACGAGAAUCCCCUGGGAUUGGGAUCGAAGGACAAGGAUUUCCCGGGAUUGGGAUCGAAGGACGAGAAUCCCCCGGGACUGGGAUCGAAGAACAAGGAUUUUCCGGGAUUGGGAUCAAAGAACAAGGAUUUUCUAGGUUUGGGAUCGAAGGACGCGGAUUUCCUGGGACUGGGAUUGAAGAACAAGGAUUUCCUGGGACUGGGAUUGAAGGACACGGAUUUCCAGAAAUUGGGACAGAAGGAUGAGGAUCCCCUGGGACUGGGACCGAAGGACGAGAAUCCCCCGGGAUUGGGACAGAAGAACAAGGAUUUCGUGGGAUUGGGAUUGAAGGACAUGGAUUUCCAGAGACUGGGACAGAAGGACAAGGAUCCCCCAGGACUGGGAUCGAAAAACAAGGAUUUCCCGGGAUUGGGAUCGAAGGACACGGAUUUCCCAGGACUGGGAUCGAAGAACAAGGAUUUCCAGAAGGACGAGGAUCCCCCGGGCCCCGGUGCCCCGGGAUCCCCGUGGGACCGGGGCUGGCUCGGCGCUGCCCCGGCCCCGAAGCAGUGCCAGGCGGAGCCUCCGGAGUGGAAUUCCCACCCCCGGAGGGUCCCGGAGCCCCCCGAACCCGGCAGGCUGGAGCUCCCCGUCGGGACACGGCGCCGUGGGCAGGUGGCAGCAGCCAUGCAGGAGAUGCCGGGUCCUGCCACACCCGCUCAGGAGGAUCCGGCGGCUCCUCCAGCCCCGCCCCACCCGGAGAAACCCCGAGCUCUCCCGUCCUGGCUCUGCCUGGAGCAUCCUGCAGCUUUCCCGGCCCAGAUGAGCCAGGAGGGUCCAGGAAUUCUCCCAUCCCAGCCCCACCAGGAGGAUCUGGGAACUCUCCCAAUCCGGCCCCACCAGGAAGGUCCAGGAGCUGUCCCAUUCCAGCAGCGCCAGGGGGAUCCAGGAGCUCUCCCUUCCCAGCCCCACCAGGAUUCCCAAACUCUCCAAUCCUACCCGUGCCUGGAGCAUCCCGGCUGUGGGGUCGCCCUGUGCAGCCUCCAGGCCCGGCUGGAGGAGCUGGAAAACCAGGUGCGGACGCUGGAGCAGGAGCGGGCACGGCGGGGACCGGUCCUGCAGGGCCUCCCGGAGAGCUGCCACAGGAUCACCCUGGGGCACAGGAUCACCCCAGAUCCCAGGAUCACCCCAGAUCCCUGGAUCACCCCCACAUCCCAUGAUCACUCCAGACCCCUGGAUCACCCCAGAUCCCUGGAUCACCCCAGACCCCAGGAUCACCCCGGAUCCCAGGAGCAGCAUGAGCAGCUCACAGCGCUCCAGGCCAGGUUGUGCCGGCAGCAGCAGGACGCGGAGCGGGAGCAGAGCCGGCUCCAGGAGGCCGUGGCCGACUUGGAGGCCAGGCUGGGAGAGCAGGAGCAGCUCCUGGAGCAGGAGCGCCGCCGCGCCGCUGCCGAGCGCUGCCGGGCGGAUUCGCUGCGGGAGGCACUGGAGGAGCAGCGGCGGCUCUCGGCACAGCUGCGGGCCAUGGACAGGGCGGAGCUGGACGAGGCCAAGGGCGCGUGGCUGGAGGAGCAGCGGGCGGAGCUGCGGGAUCGCUCCGAGGAGCGGCGGCGGCUGGCGGCCGCCUGGGCCGAGUUCCACAGCCGGGAGCGGCUGAGCCGGGAGCGGGAGGAGCAGGACAAGGAGCGCGCCCUGGCUGUGGACUCGGCACUCAGGAGCCUGGCCAAGGAUCAGGCAGAGCUGAAGUUCCGGAGCCGGGAGCUGAGAUCCAAGGAGGAGCAGCUGGUCAGGGACAGGGAGGAGCUGGACGAGGCCUGGCGGGAGCUGAGGCUGGAGAAGGAGAAGGUUCUCCGUGCCGAGCAGCGCCUGCAGGAGCGGGAGGAGGAGAUCCGUGACCUGGCUGAGCGCGCGGCGCGGCAGCAGCAGGACGGGCAGUGGGCGCUGCGGGAGGCGCGCAGGGUGCAGGAGGAGCAGCGGCAGCGGCUGCAGCGGCUGCAGGAGCAGCGGGAGCGGCUGCGGCAGCAGGAGCAGCGCCUGCACCAGGAGCGGCGGAGCCUGGAGCAGCAGCGGGAGCAGCUCCGGGAGCUCCAGGAGGAGCUGGGCCCCGGCCUGGGGACAGGGACAGCGCUGGGGACACUGCCAGGGACACUGCCACAGACAGGGACAGCGUUGGGGACACCGCUGGCCCCUGCGGUGGCCCCGGUGGCCGCGGGGCUCCUGCCGGGCCUGGCGACGCUCCUGGCGGACAGCGGGGACCGGGCGGGCGCGGCCGCGCUCUACGGACACGUCCUGCUGCUGAAAGAGCGCGCACGCAGGGACCACGAUUUCCUGGAGAGCGAGCGGCUCUUCCUGGAGAACCUGAAAAAAGGACCCUGAGCCCCCGUCUGCAAAGAGAACAAUGGGUUUUGGUAGAAAAAAUAAAAAUAAAAGGAAAAAUAAAAAUAAAAAUAAAAAUAAUAAAAAUAAAUUCCCUGCUGAGAACCUUCCCCCACCUGCAAAGAGAACAGUGGGUUUUGGUAAAAAGAAAAAAAAAUUAAAAUAAAUAAAAAUUAAAAUAAAAAAUAAAACUAGAAAUAAAAAUAAA